AUGGGCUACUUUGAUCAACCGACCUCGCAGGAGCCAUUGCUCUUUGCACUGCGGUCCUCGGAAGGAUUUAUUGUCUUGGUCAUUGCUAUUGCUAUGUUCAUUGUGUGUGAGAUCAUACCAAUUAUUCCCAAAAUCCUAGUCCUGCGUGCAGGGGCUCCGAAAGAGGAUGGUAUGGUGCUAAAAGCGAUCAUAGCUCAAUUCUGGACAUCGGCACUUCUGUCUGUUUAUGGUGCUACACUUCUUUUAGGGUCCCCACUACUUGGGUACUUUUCAGACCAUUUUAAAUCACGAAGAGCUCCCUUUACGCUAGGUUUAGUAGCACUAUUUUGGAUAAUUGGCCUAGUGUUGAUUGUUGACAAUAUUCCCCAGGAGCGUGCUGGGGAGGCCAUGGGCUGUACAACUAUGGGAAUGAUGGCAGGCUCACUUCUUGGGCCUACACUAGGAGGCGUAUCCUACGACCUUAUAGGAUAUUAUGGGGGUUUUAUUCUACCAUCAAUACUCAUUGUUUUGGACAUCGUACUGCGGCUUGCAAUGAUCAAUAGACAGCCAGCUAGGGUAGAAGAUACGGAGCAGAAUACCCACAGCACCUCGCCAGAUUAUAAAGAACAGUGGCGUAUUACUUCUGCUGUGUUCGCCCUGCUUAUUAGUUGCUCUCCUUUCUCGGUUAUGCUAUCUUCGAUCUUGACUAGCAUAGAGACGGUAAGUUGUGGACAGAGUUGGAGGGCGGCGCCUAGGGCCUCUUGGUUUUAUAACCAUGGAAAGGUCCUUCUGGGUGUUCUAUUGGCGCUUAUUGGCCUUGGGGUUAUGACCGUCCAGAUCAUCACUAUGACAGAGGUUUUCCAAGUAGUCUACGAAUACGAGGCUCAGUCCCCUGGUAUCUUUGGCGGUAAACCCCCUUUGGCUCAAGGAUAUGCUCUCUUCAAUAUGGCCUAUGCAAGUGGACAAUUUUUGGGGCCAAUUAUCGGUGGGGCCCUGCAGGUGAAAACCGGGUGGGCAGGAAUAACGAUAUUUUUUUGGGAUUCUCAGCGCAUUAUGCUCAAUUCCUAUAGGAAUAUGGAGUGGAGAGCGGUCCAGUGA